AUGGAUUGCCUCAGCGGCUGCUGGGAAAAGUCUAAGUCGCUGGACGAGAAGGAAAUCAAGUGCCUCAGCGGCUGCUGGGAAAAGUCUAAGUCGCUGGACGAGAAGGAAAUCAAGUUGCUGGCGACGUUCGAGGACAUAGACUGGCUGCAGGGUGGCGGCGGCUGUUCCUUCGACGACAUCGACUCCUACAUGGACCUCUCAGACACACUCUUCACGAGCCUCAUGAACGCGCCUGAGCAAUACGCCUUCCCCAACCCCAGGGAGAUCGCGCGGACCGGCAACUCCGACCUGGUGCAGCCUGGGCUCGUGCAGCUACAACCUGACCUGCGGGACUUCGCCUACAGCCCCAAGUUGCUGGCUGGUCAUGGCUCCGAACAACAAAGUCUUCCACCCGUACCUGAAGAAGAUUUUUAUUCUUCUGAAGUGGAAACUGCAGGUCUUCCUCCCCCUACACCUAACACUCCUCCUUCAUACGCCUCAGCUUCAUCAUCCCCUCAGCCAUCAUCCAUUCUGGAAUCAUUCCGUCCUCCUUCACAAGCGCGUCUCACUACCAUCGACAAUGCGAGUCUCUUGCCCAUCGCGGACCAUCACCAGGACGAACUGCAGCGCUCACAAGACGCGCGUGACGACGCACAGUUUACUCGCUCCUCUGACGAUUGCUUCUACCCCAUCAGCAGCAUGACCAGCCUCCACAGCUCCAUGGAGCUUCCCAGUGUAGGCAUCAUCACGAGUAAAUCGCUUGAAUUGAGCCAUGACAACUAUCAUUUUACUCCGUGUUUGAGUCUAGUUCCUUCGACCCCUCCUUCACCUUCCGCAAACUUAGCUCCUCAGCACAAUGCAACGCUCUCUCACCCUCCCCCUAUCUCCACUCCUAAAGUGUUCACCCACAACUACAACAGCAACGGCCAUCAAGAUCACCAAGACCUGUUAAUAGGCCUACCAUCUCGCACCGCUACCGACGUCGUCACCAACGAUGGACAGUCGGCAGCGCUAGGAUACUCUACUGAGCAGCAAACAUCGUCGUCUGCCAUGCAGCAUCAUCACCAGCUGCACCAGCAACAUGUUCUUCAACGAGAUGUACAGGCUGGACUUGACAGUCUCAUGCUGCACCCGCCCUCACCCAUCAUAUCAGAACGUUCACAUGGCGGCGAAAACAUCGAUGGCUCGCAACGAAGUCCCGACGCAAACGUAAGUCGUCACGUGAUGCACCAAACUCGUCACAACAAGUCAAGUGACAACAAGACUAUGCAUGAGGGACACCAUAACCUCCAACGAGUUUACGUUAAAAAUCUCACCAAUCAGAACUUGACCACCGUAGCCUCUUCGUCCUCUGACAACUGCGACUGUCGCACUACACUCAGUCAUUCACAUCAUCCCCCUUCAUCAUCGUCAUCAUCUCCCUCCCCUAACUUCAGAGACGGACGUCGCAAGGCGGAAUUCUUCGCUGUUCCCAAGUACCCGAAGCGGCGGUCAUCAUACGGUGGCGUGACUCACGGUAACAACAGGAAGUCUUCAUCAAGUCAGUCCUCACCUCCUCGUCUCCAGCCUGCACCCAACCAGCCUGCACUCAACCAGCCACCUCACACUUCCCUGCACCACAGCUCGCGUGCUCAUCUUGUGCCUGAUGUGCGCACAGUUACCGUAUCUCAAGCUGCUUCAAAUCUCCAGUCUCAUACCGAGUGGAGUGCUCUCUCCAAUGAUACUCUUUCGAGAAAUCCUCGCCUUAUUGCUCCUGCGUCGCUUCCUCAACAAAUUUUUACUGCCUUUGUUACGAAGGGAGAGCCUGGCGAACAACCCUCGAGCGCCACUCAGCGGCAAGAUGGCCACAAUAGCAGCGGUCACUUGGUUUUCUCGAAUGGCUCAGGAAACAGUUCAACGUCCUCGCCCGUCAAGCUUUCAUUUGUUAUUCCCAAUAUUUCUCCUCCUGCAUUGAUUCCCCUGACAACUGUGACACCUUUCACUACUACCGAAGGUCUAACAUCGAAGCCCCUUCAGUCGGGGUCAGGCAGUAUCUCCAUUGCUCAACUGCACCAAGCGUCAUUUUCCGCUCCCCCAAACACGCUCCAUAAACUACCUUUUCUGUCGGCAUCUUCAAGUAAUGCCUCGGGGAGCUCUACACCACUCAACAGCUUGGCUCACUUGCCUGGAGGUGGCACAGCGUUCUUUGCCACCCCCAUAGCAUUCAGCGCUUCAGCUUCCGGCGUUACUGUGGCACCCGCGACCAGCACCUCUGCCCCUUGUCCCACGGGUGCUCGCUCUACUGUCCCCGUCACGCUACCCAGCGUUACGCUCUCUGCCGUCACACCUUCGUCGCUCAAGUCUAUACCUCAGAGUCAGNCAUCUCCUAUUCCCUCGCCACCAAACAAAGCUUUCAGACCUAAGAAUGACCAGGAGCGAGUGCAGUAUCGCGAGCAUCGGCGCGUGUGUCACAUCAACGCCGAGAAGAAGAGGCGCUGUAGCAUCAAGAGCAACUUUGAAACACUUCAUUCCCUUAUUCCAUCCAUCACCAGCUCUUCCAAUAGCAAGAUCAGCAAAGCUGCACUUCUUCAUAAAGGAGCUGACUAUAUAAAGCAACUCAAAAGCGAUCGCGAACAACUUGCUCAGAAAAUAGACUUAGCGAAACAAGAGCUCGAGAGCCUUUCAGCCCAAAUAAGCACUGCCCAGUCGCAGCUGCCCGCCACGGGCGCCCCUAUGAGCCACUCCCGCCACAACCAGCUUGGCCAGAUGUACAAGGACUACGUUAGGGACCGAACCCUCAACCAGAACUGGAAGUUCUAUAUCUUUUCUCUGCUCGGAGAUACGCUACUUCAGAGUUUUAAUGCUAACGUCUCCACGGCUUCAGUUGAGGAUCUCAGUCGCUCCUCCCUCGCUUGGCUUGACCAGCAUUGCUCAUUGAACCUCCUCAGGCCAGUUGUGUCCAGCAAGAUGUUGCAGUUGAGCCAACAAACGAGUGUGCUGAGCAGUCCUCAGAUGCUACCUGAGGAGAUCUACCACAUCGUUACCAAACAGGAAGACAGGAACAACAGCAACAACAGUGGCGGCAGCAGCAGCAACAGUAGCCGCAGCAGUAGCCUCGUACGAAUGUAGGAGCUGUGAAGCAAGAUUAAGUCGGAAGCAGUUCACAGUUGACCUCUCCAUAACUUGCAACACUAAUACGUGGCAGCUUUAGGCAGUUGCUUAUCGAUUGGCAUGCUCUUUUAGGAGUUACUUUUGUUUCUCGUUAUUGUCUUAUUCAUAGGUCGGUAUUUGAAGCGUUUUUAUUGACAGUGUUUUAUUAAGAGUACGUAACAUGCUCUCUUCCAGCUGGUAUGGGGGACAUAAAAGUAGAUAUUUUCUAUCAUGAACAUGUCCCACUGCAGCCACUGUGUUCGUAUUGGCAUCAGACUUGGGUUCAUUGAUCGCCUGCUUGUGAGGUAGCAAAUUGAACGAGUUUAUUAUCUCUGUACAUUACGUCGUGCCAUUAAUAUCACCGAGGAUUAAUUGAGAUUUAAGGUAAUAAUAAUAAUAAUGAUAUAAUUGAAUGUUUUCCGAUUAUCUUUA